UGUAUUCCAUGUUUGCGUUCUUGGAAUAUAUAGUGGUGUUAACGAACAUGGGCUUCCACAUGGCUGCAUAUUACGACUUCCACAACCAUGAUCUUGUUGUUGCAGAAUGGAAAACCUCAAAUUGUUGACAAUCAGUGUGAGGAAUAACAUAACUCAAGAGGUCAAAGAGUCACUACCAAUAUUAUCCUCAGGGUGAUACAGUGUAUAGUUAAAUAUCGCCAUAUAAAGAGAUUAGUAAAAAUUGUCAAGAGUGUAACUUGAGCUAUAAUUAUCUAUUUGGCCUCACAUGUUGAUAUAUAAAUACAGAAAUAUUUUCUUUGGAGAAACCUUGAAAUGGCUUGUUUAACAUAACAAGAUGGGAUUUAACUGGCAUUCAUUUUGUUCUUUUCUUUUCCUGUACUUUCCUCUCCACUCUUCUCCAUUCCUCUCCUCUCUUCUUUUUUCUUCUAUCCUCUCUUCUGCUCUUCUCUCCUCUCCUCUCCUGACAUCUCCUUUC